AUGUCAAGAAAGGGCGUUGGCAUCGGCGCCUUUGACCGAAGCCGGCUCACAUCGGCGCAAUUCGCCUCCAAAGGCACGACCCUCCGCACCGCCAACGCCCAAGCCCUCGACGCCCAGCUCUCGGUCUUCCGCUCCCUCCUCCAGCAAUUUGCGCAAACUCACGCCAAGGACAUUCGCUCGAACCCUUCCUUCCGCGCCCAAUUUGCCCGCAUGUGCGCCGCCAUCGGCCUCGCCGUGCGCGUUGUCGAGGUCUGCGGCGAGACGAGGGGCGAGAAUGGCGGGCUCAUUGGCUUGCGGGAGGCGAGUGAGAGGAUCAGCAAGGCGAGGGGCGAGGGCGCGAGCGCCAUCACGGAAGAUGACGUCCUCCGUGCCGUCGAGACGCUGAAACCCCUAGGAUCGUCCUAUAGCAUUAUCCACGUCGGAAGUAAACCAUACAUUCGGUCCGUGCCGCGGGAGCUUAACACGGACCAAAGCUCCGUCCUCGAGGCAGCCCAGGUUUUGGGCUACGUGACUGUUGAGAUGUUGGUUGUCAACCUGGAUUGGCCUCAGGCCAGAGCGCAAACCGCGAUAGAGGACCUCAUGAGCGACGGCAUGCUUUGGGUGGACAAGCAGAUCCGGCCCUGGGAAUACUGGAGCCCAGGCUUCAUGGUAGACGUGGAUGAGACGAGCUUGCAACUACCGUAG